AUGUUGAAGUCAUUUCUAUCGGCAGAGACUUCAAGGGAAAUAGAUCAAGCUGUUGAGAAGAUUAAAGCUAUGCAGCAUGAAGAACCCGUACUAUCAAGUGAUACUAGAUUGCACCAAAUAAUAAAGAGUGAAAUAGAAGUAAUGUGGUCAAUGUACAAAAAAGAAGAAGCCUCAUUUUGGACUGCAGAAGAGAUAGACUUGGGUCAGGAUAUGAGAGAUUGGGAAAGUUUAAAGGAACCAGAAAAACAUUUUAUUAAAUAUGUCUUAGCAUUUUUUGCAGCUAGUGAUGGAAUUGUAAUGGAGAACUUAGCUGUAAAUUUUUUAAAGGAAAUUCAAAUAGAAGAAGCUAGAAUGUAUUAUGGAUUUCAAAUUGCUAUGGAGCAGAUUCACAGUGAAACUUAUUCCCUUUUAAUUGAUCAAUAUAUAUCAGAUGUAAAAGAUCGCCAAAUGCUUUUUGAAGCAAUAUCACAUUUACCAGCAGUUAAAACUAAGGCAAAGUGGGCAACAAAGUGGAUGAAUAAUAAUCGGUCAUUUGCAGAAAGAAUAAUUGGCUUUUGUGCAGUUGAAGGUAUCUUGUUUUCUGGUAGCUUUUGUGCUAUAUUUUGGCUUAAGAAACGUGGACUAAUGCCUGGAUUGACAUUUUCUAAUGAACUAAUAUCUAGAGAUGAAGGUAUUCAUGCGGACUUUGGAUGUCUACUUUAUAAAACAUUAAAUAAUCGUCUUCCAUAUGGAAGAGUUCAAGAAAUCAUAGCAGAAGCUGUUGAAGUCGAACGUGCAUUUUUAUGUGAUUCAUUACCUGUAGAUCUCAUUGGGAUGAACUCUAGAUUAAUGGCCCAAUAUAUUGAAUUUGUUGCUGAUCGUUUACUGUUUGCUCUAGAUGUUCCAAAGAUAUACAAUGUCACGAAUCCAUUUGAUUGGAUGGAUCUUAUUUCAUUACAAGGUAAAACUAAUUUCUUUGAGAAACGAGUAGCUGAAUACCAAAUGGCAGGAGUUAUGGCUCAUCAGAAAGACCAAAUUUUCAAUCUAGAUGCUGAAUUUUAA